AUGGAAUUCAAAUUCCGUGCCGUCGACGACAACAACCCACCCUCAACAACGUCAAAUUCUCUUUCCCCGGUCACAUAUAUCCCUGAUCAAUCACUUCCACUGAACGGAAGUUUUUCUGGAUUGCGAGUGCCGUUAUCCGGCGAGGCAGCACUGCGACGUGAGAUUGAGAAGGAGCAAAUCCGCAGGGAGAUUUUGCGGCGGAUAGAGCUGGAGGAGGAAGUGAGAAGGGAACUUGCAAUGGAGAAAGAAUUGGGGAUAUCAAUACCGAGGCCACUGAUGAAUGUUCAAGUACUGAUGUCUCAUUGGUCGAAUUCAACUGUGAUGAACCCUGCUGCUGUUGCUCAUGUCGAUGCGCCGCAACCACUGUCGAUCUUGCCCCCUGCUGAAAUCAACCCUUCUCCGGAGAUCAGUCACAAAGACAAAGACAAAGUUAUUGUGUUGGACAAGCCAGAUCCCGAUCUCUUUAAUGCAAAGCGAAAGGCAACGGUACCUCCUGUUUCUGAAAUUGAACCUGUUGCGUUUAGUUUAAAGAAAAAAUUGAAGGAGGAGUGGAGUUGUGCACUGUGUGACAUUAAAGCCACAAGUGAGAGUGGCUUGAAUGCUCAUUUGACCGGUAAGAGGCACAAGGCCAGAGAAGCAGGACAGAACAGGAUGAUUGCUAAGAGAAACAAAAAAAGUGGGGAAAAUGUGAUGGUUGCUGAAACAGUUGCUAAUACCACAAAGUUAGUGGUUGAUGCAGAAAAAGAUCAACAGCUUCUUCAACCUUGCACAGGCUUGGAAGUCAUGAAUGAAAAAAAAGAGGAGGAGCUUGUGAAGACAGUGGCUGAUAAUGAUGCAAGUGCAACAGAAUCAAAAAAUGAGAAAUUAGCGGCGACGAUGGUUGAUAAAGAUAAAACUGAAUUGAAAAAUGAAGAGCAACUUGAGGAAACAAUGGCGGAUAAUAGUGUAAUGGGGAAAGUAAAACCCAUAAAUGAGAAUGAGCUGGUGGAGAUGAUGGUGAGUAAUGAUGUUAUAAAAUUUGAAAAUGAGGGGAGGCUUGUGGAGAAAAGCCAAAAUGUAGGCUCUUUGAAUAGUAAAAAAGAUGCUGCAAUUGAGGAAGCAGAGAAGAAAAAUGCAUUAACAAAAAGGAGCAAGGUUGAACCUUUGUGGUGUGAGAUUUGUCAAAUUAACACUUUCUCAAAAGCUGUGAUGGAAAGUCAUGUGAAAGGGAAAAAACACAUAAAGAAAAUGAAGAAGUUUGGACAAAACAAUGUAAGUCCCCCAUCCACAUCUUCUGUAUCUCAAAAGGCUCCUCCUAGGUUGAUCAAUGAUGAAUAA